CUCGACUCGUUUGCAUACACAGGGUCUAGCCCAGAGAGCUCUCUUGUUUUUGCCAUCGCUGUCGCUGCUGCUGUUGCGGAGGCGACGACGACAUCGACACAGCUGUGUGUGAACGCGCUUGUUGGUGGGGGGAGAAUUUGCAAAUUUGUUGUAUUGUAUUUAUUACUCAUUCAGCAAUAGAAACAAGACGGCCAGCUGCUGGAUUGAGAGGCAACAGCAGCAAGAAGAAAAGAACAACAACUAGAGGAGGAACCCAACUCGAUGCCCGGCUUCCAUCUCAAUGAAAUGGGCGAAAUGGUUUUGGAUGCCAUCGAUGACAUCGGCGUCGUCGAUGUCUACGAUCUGGCCUCGGACAUUGGCAAGGAAUACGAACGCAUUAUGGAUCGCUAUGGCACUGAUGCCGUCAGCGGCUUGAUGCCCAAAAUCAUCAAUACACUGGAGCUGCUCGAGGCCCUGGCCACGAAAAAUGAACGCGAAAAUACCACCAUCGAGGAGUUGCGCGAAAAGAUCGCCCAACUCGAAAGCGAAAAGCUGGAGAAGGCCGAAUUCCGGCGGCGCUUCGAAAAGGAAUUGGAACUGAUCGAGGAGCAAUGGCGCAGCGAGACCAAUGAGCUGGUUGACUUGGUCUCGUCGCUGCAGGAUGAGAACAAGCGGCUGGUGAAGCAGACGCAGGAUCUGCAAUCGUCGUCCGCCCAGAGCUCGGGAUUGGGAGCCAGCUUAACCGAGAGCAUCAUUAGCAUGACCAACAAUGAGUUGCAUAGCGCAUUGUCCGAUACACAAGUGUUGCAGCGGCUCAAGGAGCAGAUCUACAAGCAACGCGACGAGCUGAAGCAGCGGGAACGUGAACUGCAGGACAAGUACAGCGAACUGGAGCAUGUGAACAUUCAGGCGGAACGCUUGAAGGCAUCGGAGCGAGAUACGCGACGACGGCACAAACUAAUGCAGGCCCAGGUGAAGACGUUGUGCGAGGAGCGCGCCGAUUUUCUUGCCCAAUUACAGGAUCAGUGUCGGGAGAUCAAUCAGUUGCGCAAACGUUUGGGAUUGGCCGAAAAGGAGAAUGAGGAUCUGGUGCAGUCGUACGAUGACAACGAGAACGAUCCAAAUCGACCGCGCUAUACGACGCGAGAGCUUAAGGAAUUGAUUUCGGAACGCGACGAGCUGCUCACCACCAUUGACAGCCUCAACGAACAGUUGGCCGAGCUGAAACCGGCGCCCAGCGGCAAACGUAUGCGUCACGUCUCCAGCUCUGAUGACAGCGAUGAUGAUGACGUCGCCGCACGUGAUGACGAUGACAACGAGGCCGACGAUGGCGUUGAGGCCGAUGUGGACGACGAUGUGGCGGGCGAAACGCCACCUGGACACGAUGCGCCUGUGCAAGGACCGCUGCCCUAUGAGCCAGACGAUGCGCCUUGGAAGAAGAGUUCCGAGUCGGGUAUACGCAAGUUCUUCCGCAAACUCUUCUCGGAUCCGUCGGAUGGCAGCAACACAUUCCCGAAACGUUCCUUGGCCACGCUCUCAAAGAUGGCGCUCUCGGCCACGCCCGGCAGCGGCGGAGGCGGCAACGAGCCGAAUCCCUGUCUCUCCUUUGCUAUGUUUUAUAUGCUCGCUAAGUAUUUACCAUUUUCUUAUAUGAUGUACAUAAUUUACGUAUUCGAUUGCUGUGCUCUCAUUAUAAUCUUAAGUUGUUAUUUCUUUUUAACGCAAUAAUUCAUAUUUCAUAUGUGUAUGUGCUGCUCCCCCCGCCUCCUCCUUCACCAUUACUUUUAAAUUAGUUUCUAUAUAUGGUUUUAAUGCUUCAUUUAUUGAUUGUUUAAUUAUAUAUACUAACUAAUCUAUGACCAAAAUGCAAGGAACUAUAUUUGUAGGAAAAGAAAAACAAAACAAAAAAAAAAACAAACAAACAUAAAACACGAACGGAUUCAUUUUCGAAACCGAUUCGCAUACAUAUACAUAUGCAUAUACAUAUACUAUAUAUACAUUCUACAUACAACAUUAGUAGCUACUAUCUAAUCAUACAAUAUAUACGAGUAUAUAUACAUACAUACAUAAUACUUACAUACCCUAUACAUAUGCGAAAUAAUGUGUGCGAAGUUAGAGCAGGCAAAACGGCAAACAACAAAAACAAAAGUGAGAGUGAGUUUGAAUGAAUUUAAUCGAUUAGUGAAAUCAUAAUGAAAACGAAAUACAUUUAUAUAGUAAUUGUAGAGUGUUGUUUUUAAACGAAAAGUAAUUCCACUAAACUACCCCAACUACCACAAAAUCUAAUUCAAACAAAAGAUUACAGUUAACAUCAAAAAUAUCAAAAUAAUUACAUGAAUUGCAAUUGGGGAAAAUCAAAGAAAAUGCAUAACAUAACACAUUAAAACAUAACUGUAGUCGAGAGAGAUGGUGGUGCUCGACUAUGGGAUACCCGGUACUCAUGUUUCAAAGCAAUUUUAAUAUGCAUUUUGUUUGCAAGUUUUUCAAUUAAAUAUGAAUUUAAUGAAAUGUUAGCAUGGAUACCGGAAUACCACAAAAUAUGGAAAAUAUAAAUACUUACUUCAAUUAGCGAUCGUCAAGUUGUAGUCUAACUAUUUCUCUCUCUGUCUUUUUCACGCAAACAAAGUAUAUCUCUAUCUCACUCUAUUUCAAUUCAUCUCUCUCUGUCUAUCCAUCUACUCUUUGAGCCUCUUAUAGCAGUUGCCCCAAGCGGCCUUAUAUUACAAACAAAAAACCAAAAAACAAAAAUACACAAGCCAAAAAAUUACAAAAUGAACAAAUAAGAAGUAAAUUAUAAUUAGCCAGCGUUGAAUUGUAGCUGAUUGUUUGUUAAUAAAUUAAUUAUGUAUUGAAAACAAGAGUAUUAGAAACAAAUCAAUCAAAAUACACAACACAACAAGGAAAACCAAAAAAACCUAAAAGUAAAAAUGUUUUAGCCGCAAAUUUUAACCAAAAUUUCGAAAAUAUUAAAAUAUGACUUAGCAGCGUUGUUGUUACCAAAAGGAAAAACAAAAAAAAUGGAAAAAAAACUAUGUACCAAUUAUAUACAAAUUAUUAGCUUAACCGUUUACAUUCGCGAGAGCACAAAAAUGUUGCAUUUGCCGCAGUUAAAACGAACAUUAGAUUAAUGCAAAGUAUGAGAUGAUAUUCGCUAUAAAUACGACAAACCCAUUCCCUUAUGUCCAUAUAUUAUGUUUGCUGCUUUUUUUGUAUUUUUGUUGAUUUCGAUUGCUUUUGCGCUUCUCUGGUUCUCUCUCUAUGCAUUUCGAAAACUAACUUGGCUAACUUGUUUAACCAUUUCACCACAUAUAGAUCAGAUCAAGCAUAAAGUACAUAUCAGUUACGAUUGUGAGAUAUUUUGGAACACGCCACACACACAAAAAUGAUAAUUGAUAACAAUACGAAAUGUGCCAAAGACUAAAAUGGAAUUCAGCGAUUGCCAUUCGAUCCAAGAUCCAUACAAUAUAUACAAUUACAUUUCCACUCCAUAACUACACACAUCCCUACCUUCAAUUAUCAACAUUUCUUCUUUUUAUUUUAUAAUAUGAAUAACUGAAUUUUUAUACAAUAAAAAGAAAAAACAAAAAACUACUUAAAAACUAAUUUAGACAAAAACAAAAAAAGAAACACAAUGAUAAUGAUAAUGAUAAUGUAUUGGCAAAACUGACGAAACUCCAGCUGGAAAGACGUGUAUUAAAGCUAUUAAUUUGUUGUCGCAGAAAUUGCUGAAAUAUCUCGCCGUAUCGUUCGAUCUAGUGACUGAAUAUUUACUAUUCCAUUUUUGCGAUACGCUAGAAAAAAAGAAAACAAAGAAUGAAAGAAUAGUUGAAGUGAAUACCGAAUGGCAUAUGAGUAUAUUAAAUGAAUUAAUGUUAACUAAAUUUAUAUACAUAUAUACAUAUAUUAUACACAUAUAUUAAAAAUACAAAUAUAUAUUAACCGAAAAUAAGGCAACCAAAACAUGCAAAAAAAAAAAAAAAAAACAUAA